AGUAACAUACACCCCUGCGAACCGGUGGCCACUCUGAAGUGAUGCGGCGAAUAGAAGUUUUCGCGGGAAAACCUUUUUUGUUUUGUUGUUGUUACAACCCAUUCUCUGGCUCUCUCUCUCUCUCAAACAUGGUCCGAAGAUAUUUCUCAUCUCUCUCUCUGACCUCGUCCCAAUUUGAUCAGAAUUGACAGUUGAGAGAUCUGCGAAUCAGAGACCUCUCACUCACUCUUACUCUCUGUAGGUAGUUUAUCUGAGAGAUGGAACUUGAGGAUGUAGAAUCAGAUCUCCAGGCCUUGAGAAAAUUAUAUGGACUCCUCCAAAGUAAUGGAAAUGGUUCACGAAGUGAAAGCUUGGAAUAUUUGGAUGAGAAGGCACGUGUCUUCUUAAAGAAUUUACUAGAUGGUGCUACUGAAAGGGUUUUUGAGGCUCACUCAAAGUUCAUGGAAGCUCAGUUGGGUUUAUACAAUUUACUGCCUGAUAUUCAAUUCGAGAAACUAAAAGGCAUGCCAAUGCUAAGGCCACCUGUUUCACCAGAUGUAUCAAUAAUUUCUCACGGAGUUGGUCAAAGCUCUGCUAAAGCUCCCAAUUGCAACCCAAUCACUACGCGAGAAGAUAAACGGACAAUUAUUACACCACCAACUCAGGCGAGUGUUUCAGAGUGGUCAAAGUUCAGCUCUUCUGCCAUGGAACCUCAGAAUAGGAAAAGACGUUGCAGGGCUUGCCAGCAAAGAUCUAUAAAGCAGGUGAAGUCUACUGAGGAACAUUCUCAUGAGAUUACUUGGAAUCCUAAAAAGGAUAUUGCUAGUCUUCAGCAUCGACAACCAAAUCAAUCUAGUCGUUUUUAUUGGGACACGGGGCUGGUAAAAUUGGACAAGCAGAGCAUUGGAAGCCAGCAGAAGAAAACAAUUCACAAAAUUGAACCCAACCUGAGUGGUGCUGGAUCUUUGACUUGUUCACCCAUUAUUUCAGGAAGUGGGGUUGCUAAAUCAGUAGCUAUAUAUGACACAAGCCAAGAAAUUGGGAAGUCUGGUGAGACUGGUUUUAUUUCAAAAGAAGUUGCUGAUGCCAUCAGACAAGUUGAAUUGCGCAUUUCGUCUUUGCAACUAGCUGCUGAGCUUGUGUGUCCAUCAGAAACGAUGGCCAACUCUAUUCUCGGUAUAGAUUCAGUUAGUCCCAUAAAGCAGACAAAGCAGGGUGUAGUUACCUGGAGUGAGCUGAGUCAGGAUCGCAAAUUUGUAAUAGGCAGAGAUGAUUCACUGAGUAAACAGUUGAGUCAAAGAGUUCGGAACAGCAAGAAAUUGAGUCGACUACCACAGGUUGUUAGUCAGAGUCACAAACCUUAUUUAGUGGGAAAUGACUUGUUGAGCCAGAUGGCAAGACAGAACACGGUGAAGCCUAGGGAGACCGAAUUGCCAGAUCAGGUUGCGCGUCAGUCCUCCAAACUGCUUCUCCCAUAUAAUGGCCCUGUGAGCAGGUUAGUGAGUGAGAAGGUUGGCCAAAGUACAAAUACUGCUUUACCAAACAAUGAUUUGUCAGGUCAUGUGGGGAAGCCUUUGUCGAAAGGACAUGGCAAACCAAACUGGAGGACAAUUCAGGUUACUGAUCAGGAUGAGCCAAUGAAUCGAUUGCAGAGACAAAAAAAUGGUCAUACAUCAUCAAGUCAUGCUCGUAAUUGUGUUCGGGGUUUGAGGGUCCCACCAAGUCCAACCAAUAUGGCCAAUGUAUCUCGUUCUGCCUUUUCAUCUAAUAAGAUGCCAUGUCAGAUUGAGAAGGAAAACCGAAAUCAAAAUUUAAUGUCACAGGACCUAAUCAGGAAGGGUAGAACGUCUCAACUGUCAAAGCCACAUCAGAUGAUUACAAAGCCAACUCCGCGAGAUCAGAAGAUCAGUCAGCGUAUGGUGUCGCCAACCUUGUAUGGAAAACUGAUGGAUCAAGAGAGGGGUGGGGUCCAAGAGUGGGUGGCCCAACGGAAAAAGAUCUUGCCACGUAAGCAAGAAUCAGAAGAUACGAGUUCAUCCUCACGUUCUUACUCCAGCUGGACAAGUCAGCAAGCUAGCUCGAGUGGUAGUGACAGCAAAGAGUGUUCACUGCUGAGCCAUAAACGUGGUCAUCGUGAUAUGGUUCCCUCCAGCUGUAGUGACAGUGAAGAGUAUUCACUGCCGAGCCAUACUCGUGGUCAGCACGAUAUGAGUCCCACCAGCAGUAGUGAUAGUGAGGGGUACUUACUGUCUGGUAGGACAGAAGGCCGUUAUGUGGGACCUACAACCAGUGGUAGUGAGAGUGAGGUGAACUCACUGCCAAGUAGGGGCCGGCCUCAUCACGUAGGUCCUACGAGUAGUAGUGAAAGUGAGGAGUGUCCACCGUCAGAUCGGGUAAGGGGUCAUCAUCACAUGGCUUUGUCAUCCAGAUCAACCAGUAUGGAUUCUACCAAGGGUUCCAGAUUAGGCGAUCGAGUGAAGCCAAAGAAACCGAUAGGCGGGUUAAGAAGAUUGAAAGACAAACUAGCCCUUAUCUUCCACCAUCACCACCACCACCAUCACCACCAUCACAAUGAUCACAGAUAUCAAAAGGCCAAGGUGGGUCAUGGUGGCACAUCCUUGUGGAAAAACGCGGGAAAGAAGAUCUUUGACAGUGCAAACAAAGGCGAAGCUUAUGGAGAAAAAGCAGCUGAAAAACUAACAAAAUCAGUUGUUUGCAAAGUACCGGAUAAGAAACAGCAUGGACAUUUCUUCCACACACUAGUAAAGGGGCUACUGAAUUCCAAAAAAUCAAAGGUGCCGAAAGGCAGCAUCAAACGUUUGGGGAGUGGUAGGCAUGGCAGUAAGAAAGCGGUGAAGAAGUUGCAGUGGUGGCAUAUGUUUCGUCACCAGAGGGCGGUGAAAAUGCCGAGCAAGACCAAGGCACGUGUCAAGCUAGGAGUUGGUAGUAAGAAAAGGCCUGGGCUACAGGCAUUGCCUAAGAUGAGAUGAGUUGUUCUAGACCCUGUAAUUGUUUCUUCCAUAACGGUUUUUAUGCAUAUAUCUGUCAUUCAGAUUUCAAGGUUAUUUUUGAGGUGUUACAUAUAUAGAAUUUAUGUAAAAUCGAGGUCAUAGUCUCGUGGUUGUGAUUGUUGCUAGAUUUGCGGAGUUUUUCUUAGGCAAAACACAGUUUCAUGUACAUAAAUAUGAAAAUGGAAAGUGGUAUAGAGUGUGGGCUAAAUAUGUAAAGGGUCUACAUGGGUCCCUGCGCAGGUGAACAAAUGGGUCUUGUCCAACCAAAUGGGCCAAGUAAACAAGCCUCCAUGGGUCCAUGUGCCCGAACCGUGUCUGGAAAAGCUCACCGAGAAGAAUAACAUGUUUGCUAAUUUGGCAGGUUAACCCAUUUAAUAUACAACCUGGCCGACUUUAUCCAACCCAAACCUGUAUGAAAUGGACCAUUUGCCACCCUAGUUCUAAUUGAUUCAAAUAAAUUACCCUACAAAGACAAUCCUUUGUCUUGCCAUUUUUAGA